CGUCAGUAGUGAGAUGUCGGUUGCUUUAUAAGACGUUUACUCAAGGGCGCCAAUUAAGCUCAUGAGCUAAAGCACGGUGAUGCAAAAAGCCAUCGAGGAUAUAAACAACAUCAAACGCCAAGAGCUCCUCUGAAAUGCCUUUGAAAGUUGCAAGAUUCGAACCCAGUUACAUCUACUGAAAGCAACUUAACAACGAACAAUGCAAUCCCACCAAUUCUCAACCAUUCCAGCCGAUGGUGUCGACGUCUUCUACCGCUACGCAGGCCCCGUCGACGCCCCAGUAAUCCUCCUCCUCCACGGCUUCCCCAGCUCCUCGCACCAAUUCCAAAACUUUAUUCCCUACCUCGCCUACCACAACUACCGCGUCCUCGCCCCCGACUACCCGGGCUUCGGCUUUACCGUCGUUCCCGCUGAACGCAAAUACAUCUACACAUUCGACAACCUCUCCCUCACCAUCGCCGCCUUCCUCGACGCUCUCCACAUCCAGCAAUUCGCCCUCUUCAUCUUCGACUACGGCGCUCCCAUCGGACUCCGCAUCGCGCUCGACCGUCCGGACGCUAUUACAGCGAUUAUCUCGCAGAAUGGAAACAUGUACGAAGAAGGCCUCGGCGAGACCUGGGGCCCGAUGAAAAAAUACUGGGCAACAGACAGCGCAGAAGAUCGCGCCAUAAUCCGCGCCCGGAUCCUGAGUCCCGAGCGGACGAUCUGGCAAUACACAGCCGGCUCUCCUACGGGCGAGAAAGGCGUCCCGCCCGAGAGCUACACGCUUGAUUUAGCACUGAUGGAGAGAGAGGGGAAUAGAGAGAUUCAGUUGGAUUUGUUUAGGGAUUAUAGAACGAAUGUGGAGAUGUAUCCAAGGUUUCAAGCGUAUUUGAGGGAGAGGAGGCCGAGGGCCCUCGCGGUGUGGGGGAGGGAGGAUAGGAGUUUUGUGCCGGCGGGGGCGGAGGCUUUUAGGAGGGAUUUGGAGAAUGUCGAGGUUGGUUUUGUGGAUGCGGGGCAUUGGGCGUUGGAGGAGAGGGGGGAGGAGGUUGGGGGGCAGGUGGUGGAGUUUUUGGGGAGGGUUCUGGGGAGUUCGAAGUCAGGUUUAUGAGCAGAAGUUGUUGUGAGUUCAUGUGUUUUCGGUUGUUGAGAGAAGUGUUUACUGACGGUACCCGGAGUUGAAAAGUUGGAGGAUGUAUGAUUUGA